UUCUGGAACAAACUUCUCCAAGUGACAAAUAUAAUGACAGAUGUCGUAAAGUCUCUUGGUCUCUUCAUUUUCAGAAAUCAAACGUGCUUGUUCUCUGUGAGCUAAGGCCUUUUGGCGACUUGCACGUAUAAUAAUUAAACAUGGCAUCAAAGGCUGAAUUAGCUUGUGUUUACUCCGCUCUCAUCCUGGUUGAUGAUGAUGUCGCCGUAACUGGUGAGAAAAUCUCCACCAUCCUGAAAGCUGCCUCCGUGGACGUCGAGCCCUACUGGCCGGGUCUUUUCGCGAAGGCCCUUGAGGGAAUCAAUGUCCGUGACCUGAUCACCAACAUCGGAUCCGGUGUCGGCGCAGCACCCGCCGCGGGAGCGCCCGCCGCAGCUGCGGCCGCCGCCCCUGCCGCUGAGGCCGCCAAGGAGGAGAAAAAAGAGGAAGAACCCGAGGAGUCUGACGAUGACAUGGGCUUCGGUCUCUUUGACUAAAAAGCUUUAUAUUGAAGCAAAAGAAUUCCAUUUCGGCUUUUGUGAAGCUUUUAGUUAUAAGGAAAUGACUUUUAUAAAAGGUUAAACACUAAAA